CGACCGACAUCGCGAUAUAAUUAUGGCCGGUGCUCAUGGAGUCGAAUGUGCUGAAGUCCAUCCCAGGGCGUUUGCAAAGACGUGUCAUGCCAGCAUCCUUUCAACGAAUUGUACAACUCUUCAAUCUGUACCUAGGUAAACCUAGCUAUGCCUAUCUUACCCUCAUCGGGGUUAGAGUCUAGCGCCGAUGGCUGCCAGCUAGAAGCGGCCGCAAGACGGUCUUUUCCUAAAAGCCGGAGCUGCUGUGCCAGGAGAUAAAAGAAAAGAUCGAUCGCAACUACAAGUACAUGGUGAUAUUGUAUAAGAAACUCUUUCGGGACCGCUCCGACUUAUCCUAUCUGCGCGUUCCGCAAAGUCUGACACCAAGCACAGACACUCGGCCAUUUACGCAAGGGAGAUUUCAAGAUGGAAUAUCAAUACCUUGGAAAGUCGGGACUCAAGGUCUCCAAGGUCAUCCUUGGAGCUAUGUCCUAUGGGAGUCCAGAAUGGCAGGGAUGGGUUCUUAAUGAACAAGAAGCCCUUCCACUCUUGGAGUACGCAUACAAGGUCGGUAUCCGAACCUGGGAUACGGCCGACGUCUACAGUCAUGGUCAAUCCGAGCAAAUCAUCGGUAAAGCUAUCAAGAAGUACAACAUCCCAAGAGAACGACUUGUGAUACUUAGCAAAUGCUACUUCGGCGUAACUCCAGACACUCCCGGCAAUCAAAUUGGCGCCAGCUCGGUCAAUGACGGCGAUAUGCUCAAUCAAACUGGUCUUAGUCGAAAACAUAUCAUCGAUGCUGUCGAGAAGAGCGUUGCUAGGUUGGGUACCUACAUUGAUGUCCUCCAGAUCCACCGUCUUGACCGCAACACGCCACGAGAGGAGAUUAUGAGAGCACUGAACGAUGUCAUUGAGUCCGGGAGGGUUCGCUAUAUCGGCGCCUCAAGCAUGGCUGCCUGGGAAUUCCAGGAGCUUCAGCAUGUCGCCGAAAAGCAUGGGUGGCACAAAUUCAUCUCCAUGCAGAACUAUUACAAUUUGCUGUACCGCGAAGAGGAAAACGAGAUGAUUCCAUAUUGCAAUCAUACCGGUGUUGGAUUGAUUCCAUGGUCUCCAGUGGCACGUGGAGCUCUGACUCGUCCUUGGAAUAGCCGAGACAGUCUACGAGAGAAGACGGACAACUACUUGAAGGUGCUGGUUCGGUCGAGAGAUGACAAAGUGGAUGAAGAGAUCAUUGGGCGUGUAGAGAAGGUUGCUCAGAGAUUGGGACGAAGCAUGGCACAGAUUGCUAUAGCUUGGUGCCUGAGUAAGAAGGAUGUCUGUCCUAUUGUUGGUCUGAACAAGAAGGAAAGGAUGGACGAAGCCGUUGAAGCUUGCAAGAUCAAGUUGACCGAGGAGGAUAUCCAAUAUCUCGAGGAACCAUAUCAACCAAAGAAGAGGCAAGGUUAUUGAGGGUCUGGCUUUCUUCUAGACAAGAUGAAGAUCGCAACAGCAUGCACCGUCCGCAUACUGCCUACAAAGGAGACAUUGCUUCAUACUACUGGUGUGAUACUGUGAGUACAAUUCUCCUAAUACUAGCAAUUACUAUUGUGUCAUUGGUC